AUGGCCCACCUACCAAAAGAUUCAUUUGCUGACGCCGACUUCAACUCCAAAAAAAGUUACAUGCAGGUCCGACGGCAGCGGAGGCGGAUUACCUGGACCCGAUUUCACCUGUCCCGUGAGCAAGACUGGCCGAGAUGGACGAUGGCGGGCGACUCGAAAUCGGAUGAUGCGACCUUUCUCGGCCCUCUCACCGGCGUGGAGGGCUGCGAGAAGGUCUGGCUCGGGAGACAGGUCGAGGAUCCCGAGAAGGCUGCCUUGAUUGUCCUCUGGGAGUCGGCCCCCGCCCUGGAGAUGUUUGAGGCCUCUCCAUUGUGUGGCGAGUUCCUCCGGGGCCUGGGUUGCAAAGACGACGACCCCCUUCAGACCCUUCUUGUUAGCUUCCAAUGGGACGCCGGCUUCUGGUUCGGCGACGACCUGUACGGCCGCGUGACGCGCACGACUCUCGUUAUUCCGUACACCGGCCUCCCGGAGCGCGAGGCGUGGGGGUUCAAGAUUGGUGUUUCAUUCAACGGAUUUAUGCCGGCGGGCUGCGAAGCCCUCCGCCUCAGCCUCCCGCGGCCGUUUGGGUGGCAGGCAUUCGCCUGGGUCGACACGGUCAAGCAGGCGCUCGCUCUGAAGGACAUGGUCAAGCAGGCACAGCCGUCAGCCGUGACCGGCGGAGCUGAGCAGCAGCGGGACGUCGGCGACCAGGAGAAGGCCGUUGGCUAUCACUUUUUCCGCUGGAAUGGCAACGAUGCCAGCCCCGAGCGGGAAGAUGCCACGGCCAGGGACCCCAAGGCAAAGGAAUCGUGGGACAAGACGCUGGCGAAGACUAUGCCCCCAGUUAGCUUUUGGGAGCAGGAGCGUUGGGGUGUGGAGCUGGCGCCGUGCUAUCGUGUUGAACCUGCUUCUGAGGAUGAAGAGGAGGACUAG